AUGGUGGCCGCCGCCCUCGCCGGCUCCCGGCGCGGUCGCAGCAGCCCCUGCUCACGCCGAGGGCUUGAGAUGCCCGCCGCUAGGCCCCGCGCAGCGCGACCCUCGCUCGGGGAGGUAGCAGAACGCGCGCGGGCCGAGGGAGGGCGCCGCUCAUGCCUCACGUCCGGAGCUUCCCGCGUCGGCCCGCCCUCGGCCGGCCGCCGGCGGUGUCUCGCGCGGCGCGUCGGGAAGAGUAGUCCGCAGCCGUUUACCUCAGCAGCCGCUGGAAACGUCUCGCGCGGCGCGUCGGGAAGUGUAGUCCGCGGCAGUUCAACCAAGCCGCCGCUGGCAUCGUAUUGCCGCAGCCUUUCGGGAAGUGUAGUACACAGCACACGCUGCUGCUCUGAUGUGUCUGCUCUCCCAGAUGAGUGGCAGGACCUGGGAGUUGCAGUGACUGAGGCUGAGAUAAAUCCAAAGGCCUACUCCCUCACAGACACCCACCUCACCAAGAAACUACUGGACCUUGUUCAGCAGUCAUGUAACUACAAACAGCUUUGGAAAGGAGCUAAUGAAGCCACCAGAACCCUCAGCAGAGGCAACUCUGAGUUCAUCGUAAUGGCUGCAGAUGCUGAGCCGCUGGAGAUGAUCCUGCACCUUCCACUGCUUUUUGAGGAUAAGAACGUGCCCUACAUGUUUGUGCGCUCCAAGCGGGCCCCGGGGUGGGCCUGUGGGCUCUCCAGGACUAUCAUCACCUCUUCUGUUACCAUCAAAGAAGGCUCACAGCUGAAGCAGCAAAUCCAGUCCGUUCAGCUGUCCAUUGAAAGACUCAGUCUAAAACGGUGGCCUCUGCUCCUUCCACACUGAGUUCUUCCCUUGGGGACAUGUGUCAUAGUGUCUGUGUUAGCAUGUAGUAUCUCCAGCUACCUUCUCUUGUUGCAUUAUAGUACUAAAUAUGGUUUUUGCUUUUUUGUAUUAUUUUUGUUUUAUAGGUUGUUAUGCAUGUAUUAACCCCAGCCCAAUCUCCCAUUCUACUCUGUGUGCCAUCUUAUCCUUCCUUUGAAAAAUGAACUAAUGCCGAGCACAGGCAGAAACAUAGUGGUGACACCAUUCAAAGGCAGGGAAGAGCCAGGAUAGAGAUCUGGUUCCAGUUUUCAGGCACUAACUUCCUUUUGUGUGUAGGACAUGAUGGAUGUAAACACCAUUCACUUCUAUCCUCUGUGCCUGGUGUGCAAAAUCAUUCCAUACACGUUUGCUCUCUAUGGGGAUUAUGUAUCAUUUGGGGACAAAGCAUGUAUCCUGUGAGAUUGUUAGGUGUAUGUCCAAGUGUCAUUUGCUAAUCUGCCCCAUUUGCUUUGGUAAUGUGUUUCCUCCACCUCUCCUUCCAACUCCUAAACAUGCCCCUGAGGGUGCCAGGGCAGCAGCCUACCAAAGAUGUGCUGCAGAAUUCCAGAGGCUGCACCUGGGCCAGUUAGACAUGGGGAAGUUGACCUAGGUCUUGAAGGAUUCCAAAGUGGCAAGAGUAAAGAGAGUCAACUGAUGCUGGAAUGCAGUCUGGGCAAGUCAUGGAGACCUGAGUGGAAGCUACAGCAGAUAUGUUCGGAUUCAAGAAGCAUCCUCUCUGGUGAAUGGAGAUGUCUUCAGUGGAUAGUUGGUAUCAGUUCUGAGAGCCUUCACCCCUCCCUGCCACAAUAUGGGUCAGAUGUAUGUAUUCUUUAUCACAUCAGAAGGACAGUGCUAGUGCGCCAUUCUUGUGAGCAUCCUAAUAAAGAAAUACAUUCAUAUUCCAGUUUUAAAAAGAAAGAGAAAAACAAAUGUAUUAACAUGUACAGCACUCAUACACAUGAAGUACUUAGUGAUGAACUUGGGCUUAUAUAGCAUCUUAAAAGAAUAAUAAAUUUGUAGAGGAGUGACAAGACAAAGGAAAAGGACUGUUUCAAGAGUGGCAAAUUGUGGGGAGGUCAAUAUAUGGGAAACUAAUUGCAGAUAAGGACCAGUAAGUAAAGUUUGUUAUGUAGAUCCUCUCAUGCCAUCUGUGGGCUGAUAAGGGUCUAGAGUUAUCUAUGGUAACUAAUAUACUGUGUGUCCUUUCUGGUAAAGAGGGAAGCGGGGAGCAUCUUUACAAAUUUUUGUUCUGCUUUUAGGCAAAUAGCAGGGAGAGUAGAGAGUCUUCUUGUAUCUGCUGCUUCUUAGUUGCCUUCACCUCAAAAUACACUUAGUUGACCCUCGAACAAUUGCAGUGUUAGGGGCAGUGGAGCCCCCCCACUCCCACUCCAGUCGAAAAUCCAUGCAUAACAUUUGACUCCUCCAGAACUUAACUACUAAUAGCCUACUGUUGAUGGGAAGCCUUAUCAGUAACAUAAACAGUGGAUUAGCACACAUUUUAUAUGUUGUAUAUAUUAUAUACUGUAUUCUUGCAAUAAAGUAAGCUAGAGAAAAAAUGUUAUUGAGAAAAUCAUAAGAGAAAAUCCAUUUACAGUAUAGUACAGUAUUGUGAUUUCAACACUUCCAUACAACACCCUGUGCUUGUCAUAAGUACCCUUGUUAAUCCCCAUCA